GCUAACGAGAUGCUGCAGGAUAUUAACUUGGAUUUUGUGUAGCCGUCUCCGUUCAUGCCAGUUUAGGAAGGACACCGUCCCUGAGAAGCAACAGUACAUAUAGGCAACAGCAGCAACAGAUGAUAGAACAGCAACGUCAUGCAUUAAGAGAAUUAGAAGUAGAGAAAAUACAUUAUGUGAAGGAGAACCAACGAAUGGAAGAACAACUAGUCAAGAUGCAAGAAAAGAUCAAACAACGUACAGUAGACAUGAAGACCUUGAAAAAUAACUAUCAGCUUCAUUUACAAUCCAUGCGAUGCUCUGAUGAUGACCCAGAAAGUAUUGCGAAUCGACUAAAGGACCUACGAGCAACGAUCAAAGAACUAGCAAAUGAACUGCUACCCUAUGCAGAACCUAAACAGACAACAGAGAAGCUUGGCACACUUUGGCUGAAUUUAGGAGAGACGAUCGGACGAUUAGGGAACCCUUACCUUAGUCUCGAGAGGAUACAGCUGUUGACAGAGAAGUUUAUGAUGGACGUGCUCGUUCAAAACUUGAACACGAAUCAUUUUCCAGGACUGUCAUGUCACCAAGAAUUUUUAGAGAUCCAGGACUGGUUUGAUCAGCAUGACUCGUCUUCUUUUUUCGCUACACGACUACGUCAAGAGGUCGCACUUUUGAUUGUCAACAACAAGACGAACGGAGAGGACGUCGAAAAACGGUGGAAGAAGAGCGCUGAGCGUCAUUGGUACCACUUGUAUCGCGGCCUACAAAAGUCAUAUCCUAAAAGCUUCCUGGCUCAUCCAGACAAAGAGGAUGAUCAGGAACACAUACAGAAACAACAAGAGUACAGUCAAAAGUUACGUGACGUUGUUGAAAAGGCAAUGAACUUGGGAUCAGCGAUCAAAGGUCAAGAGGUCUGUAUUACAGCCAUGGAUGUAAAAGAAGGUGUACAACAGUUUGAUCCGUUGAUCAUGGAGGAUGAAAAUGGACAAACCAGUGGUAUCAUUGCACUAUGCAUAUCACCUCCCUUUGUCGUCAAAUUAACGGAUCGAUAUGAACCACUUGUGAAAGGUAGAGUGCUUUGUUUUCCUAACCAAGACACUGUUGAUGAUAAAUAAUAAAAACAAUUUGGUGCAUUAUUGUGCCUUAAAUUUCUCAGGAAAACUUUUUUAUUUUGAAAUGCCGAAUAUAAACUUCUCCCCAUCUCUCUCUGUUCUUCUUCUUCUUCUUUCUCCUUCACCUUCUUUUUCCCCCUUUUUUUUUUAUUUUGCAUAAAAUGAUUUCAAAUGCUGCAUUGAAUCCUGAAACGACGAGAAAGCGCAAGAUGAAAACGACAAUGUCAGCAUGCGUAUUCUGUAGGCGCGUUCAU